AUGCACCGCUCCCCCCGAAGCCCCGGCCCCGCUGCUGCAGCCUCGACCCGGGACGGAGGAGGAGGAGGCGGCGGCGGCGGCGGCGGAGGGACGCGCGCAGCCUCCCGGAGCAGACGGCACCUGGAGGGCCCGCUCAGGAAAUACACCAACCUGCUCCACGGAUGGCAGAGCCGGUUCUUCGUGCUGGACCCAGACUCCGGGCAGCUGUGGUACUACCUCAGUGCCGCCAGCAGGGGGCAGCAGGCUCCUCGGGGGGCUCUGUCUGUGGAGGGGGCCCGGGUCUGCUCCAGUCCGGACCAUCCCUUCAUGUUCACGGUGCAGUCCAGCGCUGGAGACGUCUACAAACUCAGAGCGAGAGACGCCCAAGAGCAGGAAGUGUGGAUGACACAACUACAACUGUGCUCCAGACACUCCGAGUGCACCAACCAGAGUGUCCCUGUCCACAGAGCGUCCCUGUCCACAGAGUAUCCCUGUCCACAGAGUGUCCCUGUCCACAGAGUCUCCGUCCCUGUCCACAGAGCGUCCCUGUCCCUGUCCACAGAGUGUCCCUGUCCACAGAGCGUCCCUGUCCACAGAGUGUCCCUGUCCCUGUCCACAGAGCGUCCCUGUCCACAGAGUGUCCCUGUCCCUGUCCAGAGCGUCCCUGUCCUGUCCACAGAGUGUCCCUGUCCACAGAGCGUCCCUGUCCGCAGAGUGUCCCUGUCCACAGAGCGUCCCUGUCCACAGAGCAUGUCCUGUCCCUGUCCACAGAGCGUCCCUGUCCACCGAGUGUCCCUGUCCCUGUCCACACUGCGCCCUGUCCCUAGCGUCCCUGUCCCUGUCCACAGAGCGUCCCUGUCCACCGAGUGUCCCUGUCCCUGUCCACACUGCGCCCUGUCCCUGUCCACAGAGCGUCCCUGUCCACAGAGUGUCCCUGUCCCUGUCCACAGAGCGUCCCUGUCCACAGAGCGCCCUGUCCCUGUCCACAGAGUGUCCCUGUCCACAGAGCGUCCCUGUCCACAAGCGUCCCUGUCCCUGUCCACAGAGUGUCCCUGUCCACAGAGCGUCCCUGUCCACAGAGUGUCCCUGUCCACAGAGCGUCCCUGUCCACAGAGCGUCCCUGUCCACAGAGCGUCCCUGUCCCUGUCCACAGAGUCCCUGUCCCUGUCCACAGAGUGUCCCUGUCCACAGAGCUUGUCCACAGAGCGUCCACGUCCCUGCCACAGAGUGUCCCUGUCCCUGUCCACAGUUUUGAGUCCAGUAGAACCACAGAAAACCCCCCAGACGUCGCUGGAGCCUCAGCCCAGACGAGGGCCUCUCUCUGGGGACGAGGACCUGCUGCUCUUUAAAAGCCCGUCGUCUCUGAGCUGCCUGGGCCGAUGUCUCAGUCUGUUCCACCAAAACCUCCACCGAACCCCCAACCAGCUCCAGAGCCCCGGUCUGGAACCCGACUCUCCCCUGGACCGAGCGCCGUCCCUGGGUCAGCCGAGGCCCAGCAUCCCCCUCAACCACGUGGAGCCUGGAGGUCUGGUCCAGGCCAAUCACAGCCCAGCGCCGGGAAACAAACCGGGAGGCGGACUCAGCUACCACCAAACACAAGCACGCACAAGAGCCGAUAGUCCGGGCUGCUCUCGACCUCCUUCUGAAAAGCACCAGAGAAACAGCACAGCGCCCCGUGUGUCCAACUCCAGAACCAGCAGAGCACCAGCACAAAGCACAGAGGGAGCAGACGUGAGCGAUGAGGCCACAGACACGGAGGACAACGAGGAAGAGGAGCUGGGAGUUUUGGACGAACAGAGGAGCAUCAUCAUCCACCUUCUGUCUCAGCUCAAACUGGGCAUGGACCUGACCAGGGUGGUGCUCCCGACCUUCAUCCUGGAGAAGCGCUCUCUGCUGGAGAUGUACGCCAACUUUCUGUCUCACCCGGACAUGUUCCUGAGCAUCACGUUGGGCAGCAGUCCCGAGGAGCGGAUGGUGCGUGUCCUGGAGUAUUACCUCACCUCCUUCCACGAGGGACGGAAAGGCGCCGUCGCCAAAAAACCCUACAACCCCAUCCAGGGCGAGACCUUCCACUGCUCCUGGAGCGUGCCCCGAGACCGAGUCCGGCCCCUGCGCCAGCCCCCCGCCCCGGGACAGAACGCGGGGGGCACAGGCUCCGCCCACAACGCCAGGGGGAGUGGCCGGGCGGAGGAUUGUUACCGUCUGCGCUUUGUGGCCGAACAGGUCUCGCACCACCCUCCUGUGUCGGGGUUUUACUGCGAGUGUCCGGAGAAGCGCAUGUGUGUGAACGCGCACGUCUGGACCAAGAGCAAGUUCAUGGGCGUGUCUGUGGGCGUGUCCAUGGUCGGAGAGGGGGUGCUGUACCUGCUGGAGCACGGGGAGCAGUAUGUCUUCACGUUGCCCUGUGCGUACGCCCGCUCCAUCCUCACCGUGCCCUGGGUGGAGCUCGGGGGCAAAGUGUCCAUCAGCUGUGCCCAGACUGGGUACUCCUCCUCGGUCACGUUCCACACCAAACCUUUCUACGGAGGCAAAGUCCACAGAGUGACUGCAGAGGUGAGACACAACCACACGGGGGCAGUGGUGUGCCGGGCUCAGGGCGAGUGGAACGGCGUGUUAGAAUUCACCUACAGCAGCGGAGAGACCAAACUCAUCGACACGCACAGACUCCCAGUGACCAGGAAGAGGAUCAGAGCCAUGGACAAGCAGGGCCCCUACGAGUCACGGCGUUUGUGGCAGCACGUGACUGAGGCUCUGAAGGCCGGAAACAUGGAGGUGGCCACAGAACACAAGCACCACCUGGAAGAGAGACAGAGGAACGACGAGAGACAGCGCGCAGCCUCAAAAACGCCCUGGACGCCCAAACACUUCACCAAACAGGGUGAAGGCUGGGUGUACAACAGGCCUCUGUGGGAAACUCACUGACCAAGAUCCAGCUCAAUCUUCAAGGACUAACCACGAAAAUAAAAACUGGGCAAGAGCCAGGCCCGGGCCAGGACUUUCCACAACCAGGAGGACCGAACUGGCCUCAGGAGACCAGAGGACCUACGAAGAGAUACUUGUCAGACCAGGAAGUGCCAAAGAUAAGGAAGUUACUACAAAGUAUAGACUAUUUAAAAGCAGGACUUUAGUAACUUUUUCAAAUCUUAAAUAAAGUAAGUUCGUAACUGUUAAAUGAGUAGUUGUGGGGUAAGUAAAGUGUCCGGGGUUACGGAAGUCUCACCAGUUUUAUGAAUGGGCCCAUUUUACACAAUUUUCUGAUUUAUGUUAUAAUGUUGUUUCCUCGUCAAGAACAUACCUGAAGUUGCAUUUUGUUCAAUUUACACACAUUUAACCCUGCAGAUUUAGACUGAAAACACUUCCACCUUGUGAUGUCGUGAUAAUACAGGAAGUGCUGCACCGUGCUUUUAAACUCCGUACACCUUCACUUGAAUCAUGUGGAUGGUUUGAGCCCUGGAACUACCAAUUUCUACUAAACAAAUGGUAAAAGGAGCUGUUAAGUUGAAAACUACUGUUUCAUGACAUCACAAAGUGGAACAGAACACUUUAAGCUCUGGACUUUAAGCUCAGACUAAUCAUAAAGGAUUACUCAAACAUGUGUGAAUGAAAAAAAAACAACACAACUCCAGAUACGUUUCUGAUCAGGUA